AUGGCGACUGGCCUUGGCUCCCUAGAGUGUAUCAAACCCACCAACAACAACGUAGGCUGCCCUCCCCAAAACGGAGCCUCUGCACUCCAGGACCAGCCUCUCUCCACCAUAUCCUGCCCUGACUCCACCCUCGGCCGCCACCUGGCUCGCCGCCUCGUGGAGAUUGGUGUCAGUGAUGUGUUCUCUGUCCCUGGUGACUUUAACCUAACCCUUCUUGACCACCUCAUUGCCGAGCCAGGGCUCACUAACAUUGGCUGCUGCAAUGAGCUCAAUGCUGGCUACGCCGCGGACGGAUACGCACGGUCUCGCGGCGUAGGGGCUUGUGUGGUCACAUUUACUGUUGGUGGCCUUAGCGUGCUUAAUGCCAUUGCUGGGGCUUAUAGUGAGAAUCUACCUGUGAUUUGUGUUGUUGGAGGACCUAACACAAAUGAUUUUGGUACCAAUAGAAUUCUCCACCACACUAUCGGCUUGCCGGAUUUUAGCCAGGAGCUCCGGUGCUUCCAGACCAUCACAUGCUAUCAAGCUGUGGUGAACAACUUGGAAGAUGCGCAUGAGCAGAUUGAUACAGCCAUAUCUACUGCUCUCAAGGAAAGCAAGCCUGUCUAUAUUAGCAUUAGUUGUAAUUUGCCUGGGAUUCCACAUCCAACUUUUGGCAAAGACCCUAUUCCAUUUUCAUUAUCACCUAGAAUGAGUAACAAGAGGGGGCUAGAGGCAGCUGUGGAGGCAGCAGCAGCUUUCCUAAACAAGGCAGUGAAGCCAGUCAUGGUUGGAGGACCAAAGCUCCGAGUUGCAAAAGCUCAUGAAGCGUUUAUCGAACUGGCUGAUGCCAGUGGCUACGCCCUAGCUGUGAUGCCAUCAGCCAAAGGCCAUGUAGUAGAAACUCACCCUCACUUCAUUGGAACAUACUGGGGAGCUGUGGGAACUGCCUACUGUGGUGAGAUUGUGGAGUCAGCAGAUGCAUACGUGUUUGUUGGUCCAAUUUUUAAUGACUACAGCUCUGUUGGGUACUCACUCCUCCUCAAGAAGGAGAAGGCCAUCAUUGUGCAGCCCGAUCGUGUCGUUAUAGCGAAUGGCCCUUCUUUCGGUUGUGUUCUAAUGAAGGACUUCCUCCAGGCACUUGCAAAGAAGAUCACUCGCAACACGACUGCUUAUGAGAACUACCACAGGAUCUUUGUCCCGGACGGCCAGCCUCUCAAAUGUGAGCCUGAUGAGCCUUUGAGAGUGAAUGUUCUGUUCCAACAUAUUCAGAAAAUGCUUUCAGCUGAUACAGCUGUUAUUGCUGAGACUGGUGACUCUUGGUUUAACUGCCAGAAACUGAAGUUACCAGAAGGAUGUGGGUACGAAUUCCAGAUGCAAUAUGGUUCGAUUGGGUGGUCUGUUGGAGGAACUCUUGGAUAUGCACAGGCAGUACCGAAUAAGCGUGUCAUUGCUUGCAUUGGUGAUGGUAGCUUUCAGGUGACUGCACAAGAUGUGUCAACAAUGAUCAGAUGUAAUCAGAAGAGCAUCAUUUUCCUCAUAAACAAUGGUGGAUACACAAUAGAAGUCGAAAUCCAUGACGGGCCUUACAAUGUGAUCAAGAACUGGAACUACACUGGUUUAGUGGAUGCAAUCCACAAUGGUGAAGGAAAUUGCUGGACAACCAAGGUACGCACUGAAGAGGACCUUAUAGAAGCCAUUGAAACAGCAACAGGGGAGAAGAAAGACUGCUUGUGCUUCAUAGAAAUCAUUGUUCACAAGGAUGACACUAGCAAAGAGCUUCUUGAAUGGGGUUCCAGGGUCUCUUCUGCCAAUAGCCGCCCACCAAAUCCGCAAUAA